AUGCGGCGCGACGCUUCCCGCGAGCGUCUGUUCUUCCUACUGGUGCUGGUCGGUGCGCUGCUGCUGCUGUCUGGACUCAUGCUGCGACACGAUAGCGCUGCGCUGUCCACUCGCACGUUUCGCGACGGCUUUACGGUGGCCGAAGACGUCGUGCGACCUCCGGAGACCGUCGCGACCAGCAACGCAGUGGAUCGGAACGUGACAAAGGCGCCGAGUGCUGAGCACGAAGAAGACUCGGGGGCAGCAGACGUGCGGAUGACGACGAUCACGACGGAGAACGGCGACGAGAUCACGAUCAAGCGGGCAGCCACGUCGAAGGGCAGCAAGGUCACGACCAUCUCGCGGGACGAGACGGGGAAGCUCACGAUCGAAGAUGCUGCAGCCGAGAAAGCAGACGAAGAAAAGGCGAAGGCUGAAGUGGCGUCGGCCCGAGAGGCACAUGAGGAAGUGGGGCGAGGAACGCCCGAGGACAGUGUCACGGCGUCUCCAACGAUCGAACGCCACAACGCGACCGAUCCAACAAGGCGCGAGGAAGAGAAGACAGUGGGGAAGGGGGAAAUGCGAAGCGAGGAAGAAGAAGAGAAAGAAGACGACGAAGCCGUGGUUACGCGUGGCGGGAAGAAGGUGACGGUCGUGCAGGUGGACCGGUUCUUGACCAAAGUGAGCUUUUCAGAUGUAGAUACGAGUGGCAAGAAGGAGACCACUCGAUAG